AUGGACGAUUGCGAAAUUCCAGACGGCGAGUACGACCUGCGGGUCGGCCAGGCUCUUGGAGACGCUGACUUGCGGCGCUUUUUUGGAAUCAGAUACACUUUUCGUCCAGAUACUCUGGACUCAAGCGGCGAAUCGACGCUUUUGAACUAUAACGAUGAGUAUAUUCUGGAGUCAUCGGCCAAGGACGGUGUGUCCAAGCUGUUUUUCGAAGGCAAAAGGCCGCCCGCUGGCCACGGACACUCGGAUCAUGUGUUGAUCUACAAUGAGACGGCAGGCGAGUUUAGUCUCGAAAGAUUGGACUCUGUGGUGAAAAUGAGCAAGUCGCGGGAGCCUGAGAAGCUACAGCAGCGGAUGAAGACGCUGUUGAGCCAGCAUGCCCGUGGCGAGGCGAGAAAAGAGCAGGCUUCUAAGAUUAGGAAACCAGCCACUACACCACGGUCACGUCCCCUCUCGGCUCAAUCGUUGGCCAAGUCGAGGCAAAAAAGAGAACCAUCUACAAGAAAUGUACCUGCUCGUUCGUCGAGGCUCUCGAAAUCGCAAGAGCCUUUUUCGGAGACCAAACAGCGAGAGUCCGAAAACCGCGAUCCGCCGAAAUCGGCAGUCUCCGAGGAAGAUCUCGAGUUCGACAGGGAGUUUGACGAGGCGCUGGAGGGGCUGGAUGAUGAAAUAAGCGAGGAAGAGUAG